UGCCGAAUUAAUCGCCGCAGCAGUUACUUUUACAUCUUGGCAUUGUUAAAAUAACUACUGUAGCGGGUAAUUCAGCAUUUUAUAAGUUCUCGCACACUUUUUUCACAUCUAGAAUGUUCAAUCAACUUCACUUUUUUUUCGGUGCAUGAGAUUGCAAUAUCUUUACGAACAUCAUUGGGACAGUAAAUGCCAAUAUUAAACGGUCAAUACAGUAAAUUCCAUUUAUGCAAAUGGUAGAUAAUUCCCUAUGCAAAAAAAAAAAAAAUGGGUGACAAUUUCUUUAGAAUUUAUCUAAGUAGGUAGAUACUUAAAAAACUGUUUGCAAUUCAUUUCAAUUGGAUUGCAAUAAAUGUCAAUAACAGGGACCCCUUCAAUUAGUGAACAGACAACAUACACGGCACCCCUAUACAAUAGCAAUCAUUUUACCAUGUAAACCUAUAAUCCAAUUUUUUACAGCUCGUGCUACCUAUUGGGUGUGAGAGCUCGAGGAAAUCACUUAGUUUAAAUUUCUGCAUCCUUUGAAACUUUCUUAUUCAGUAAUAUGUAUUUACUAUCACAAUGUGGAAUUGAAAUUAACCAGGCAUUUUAUUUCCUUGUUUCAGAAUCUAAGUGAUUAAAGGUCCAAAAGCAGUAUAGGUACAUAUUAUAUUGUACUGACUUGCAUUCCUUGCAAGAUAGCCCUCAGAAAAUCCUGUCAGCUUUUAUUUUAACUCACGAGUGCCUACUUGACUUAGCUGCCAUUUGAAUAGGUAUGGAUCUUAGUCGUCGGAAAAUGUCAAUCACUUCUCAGGGGACCAGUCUAUCUCGCCGAUGUUCUUUUUCUGGAAGGGAACGAGCGCCUAGCUGCAUGCAGGAUGUUCUUGGCCAGAUUCAAAAACUGGAAUUUGAGAAUAAUGAAACUCAACUGGAUAUUGAUGCAAAGAAACUGCUGGUUGUUGAGCAGGAGAAAGAAAUAGAGGAACUUAGGAUUACAAACUUAGCCUUGGAAUCCGAAUAUCUACAGAUGCAACCCGAUUUUGAAACAUUAGUUAUUCGAAAAAAGCAAAGUGAACUACAGUUAGAGGUGUGGGAGAAAUUGAAAUUGGAGAAAGCAGAAAUCCUAGCAGAGAUCAAACGACAAUUGGAGCAAAAGGAAGAGGAAAUAAAGAUGAACAGAUCACACUUUAGUGGUGAAAAGAACAGUGCCGAUUCAACUACAAAUUCUGAAAAUUGAGUUUCCUGACUGCUGAUCUUUGUCAAAAAUAUCAGCAGUGUAAUAAUCUUGGUAAACUUGGCAAUGAGAAAUUAAUGUUUUUUUUUUUACCUUGUAAGACUCAUAACAUGGUAUCAUGAAAAAUUAUGACAGUUCUGCUCGACUGAUCUGAUGCACACUUGCGCAAACCCUGGGAAAGUUAUCCUUUAGAAGUAAAUCUGUAACUGUUCACUAGCACUGACACUUGACAUUAAGUACUACACUCAGAGUUUUCAGAACUUAAUAAAAAAGUACAUUUUUCCCUCAAAAGCUUUAUCCUUUUCCUUUUUUUUGGUGUGUGUGAAAGGUUGGCAUCCAAAUUGAAUUUGCUGUUGGUGGUAAAAUAGAUAUUACAUUUUAUUUUAUUUUCUAAUUAAAAUAUUAAAUCAACACAACCAUUGACAAAAAAUAUUGCAUUU